UCAGAUACAGUAUUAGGGGACCACUAAGGCCUAUAUAAAAGCAUCCAAAGAGCACCAUGUCAUGGGACAUUUAAUGCUAAACUAUUACAACCCUGUUUUGCACAAUCUCAACUGCGAGGAGCAGCUUUAACGUUAUGGUCAUCUGUUGUGUGAAAUGUUGCAGCAUGGGAUUGAGUGGAAGCUACUGAAGUGUUGGACAGCACGCUGAAGCUCCUCUCUUGUUUUAAUUUUAUUUUUUACAGCAGGAGCAACACUGUCCACACCAGAGCAGUGGGAGUGCAGGGCAGCGCAUCCAGCGGGUCACACUGUUGAACAGCUCCUGUGACCGCCCGGUACAAUCCAUCUUCGUACUCCUAUAAAGGCGCCUCACUGGGCAACAAUGUCUCCAAACACCCGCAUGGCUUUUAUUGAAGCGAUUUGUUCCACUAGUUCCUUUUACGCUCCGUCCUAGCGCGUCUUCUGGUGGGAACGCGAUGUCCUGGAUGUAUUUUCUCCGGAGAUUGUAAAGUGGAGGGAAGCACAGCUCGCCGAAGAAGCCAUGUGGAGAGCGGCCACGUCCCUUGGUGGGAGCACCGGAGGCAUAAAGCCCCACUAACAGGAGAUCAUUAUUUGCGUCUUCUUGGAGGAAAAAGAUCCGUCGAUGAGGAAACAAAUAGAGACGAGAUGGUAGAGAAUGGCCGCACCUGACCUUCUUGACCCAAAAUCUGCUGCCCACAACUCCAAACCUCGCCUGUCAUUCUCGGUCAGCCCGGUGCUGCUGAACACUCCAGAGGACGAGUGUGACACCCGGACUACAGUCAUGAGGUGGAAAACUGUAUCAGCCAUCUUCUUCUUAGUGGUGCUUUACCUCAUUAUUGGGGCGACGGUGUUCAGAGCGCUGGAGCAGCCGCACGAGAGCUCCCAGAAGCUGGCCAUCCUCGCAGAAAAACUGGACUUCUUGGCCAUGCACUCCUGCGUAAACUCCUCUGAGCUGGAGGAUUUGGUGAAGCAAGUGGUUUCAGCAGUCCGAGCAGGUGUGAACCCUUCAGGAAAUUCAUCCAACCACAUGAGCCUCUGGGACAUCAGCUCCUCCUUUUUCUUUGCUGGGACUGUUAUCACCACAAUCGGAUUUGGGAACAUCUCUCCUCACACAGAAGGUGGGCGGAUCUUCUGUAUAAUUUACGCUCUGCUUGGGAUUCCCCUAUUUGGAUUCUUAUUGGCUGGUGUCGGGGACCAGUUGGGGACCAUUUUUGGGAAGGGCAUCGCCAAAGUAGAGAAGAUGAUUGUGAAGUGGAAAGUCAGCCAGACGAAGAUCCGCGUCAUCUCCACGCUGAUCUUCAUUCUGUUCGGGUGCCUCAUCUUCGUGGCUCUGCCAGUCAUCAUCUUCAAGCACAUCGAGGGCUGGAGCACGCUAGAGUCCAUCUAUUUUGUCGUCAUAACCCUCACCACAAUCGGCUUUGGAGACUUUGUCGCCGGUGAAAAAGGUGGGUCAGACAGCUCAGAGUUUCUGAACUACUACAAGCCCGUGGUGUGGUUCUGGAUCCUGGUGGGCCUUGCCUACUUUGCCGCUGUGCUCAGUAUGAUUGGAGACUGGUUCCGAGUCAUCUCCAAAAAAACUAAAGAGGAGGUUGGAGAGUUUCGAGCUCACGCAGCCGAGUGGACAGCAAACGUGUCGGCAGAGUUCAAAGAGACCCGGCGGCGACUCAGCGUUGACAUCUAUGACAAGUUUCAACGUGCUGCAUCCAUCAAGCGCAAGCUGUCAUCCGAGCUGGGUAUAAACACGACCCUCAACCAGGAAUUGACCCCUGGCAAAAGAGCGCUGUCCGUCAACCUGUAUGAGGACAGAGAGGCCUGCCCCAACUCGACUCUCUCCCUCAGUCCCAUCACGGGGACCCUGGCAAGGAAUGGCAGCUUCUACCUGAACGGCCUCAGCCCAGAUUACGCUGACCGGCAGGAGAUUGCCAUCAUCGAAAAUCUAAAAUAAGACGCGGCAUGAAAAUGAGAUUCAGGAAACUGAAUGAAACUCAUCUGUUAGCGGACAGAGCUUACAAAUACAUGCCUACUUUUGUGCUUAUUGUCUGAGCAUCUGUGGUAAGGUACCUGUGCAUUCGUUAAGUGGAUUGUGUUCCAAUCAUUGAUUGAAAACCUUGAAAAGCUUGACUUAAACAGAUCAAUUGUCAAAAACUCAAAUAAACACAUUUGAAGUGCUCUCUCACAGGUCUCAUCAAAUCAGAGGAGGAAGCCAACUUCCUUUUUUUGUGUCUGUGCCAACGUGAUCGACAGCUGUGCAAGCGAUUGAGCCAAAUUAGAAGCCUGCUCCAGAAUGGAACAAAUUAUUGUAUCAGAGGCAUGCGUUCAACAAACGUAUCUCAUGAGCAGGAAGGAAAUGAAAGCCCACUUGAGGUAGCAACACCUCUUCUUCACAUAUACCCACAAACAAGCCUGUGAACGCACAGAAAUAAAUACAUUCAUCAAACUUAGAAAGCAAUAGAUGUAUCUGUGCUCAUUUCUUGUUGAAUUUCCAGAGGCCCGGAAAUCUGCAUCAGAAAAAGAGGAUCCUCACUGCUAAAAACACUCCAUAAUCAACAAUGAAUGCUUUUUCUUGACGAGGCAGCAGUCCUGUGCUAAUACAAAGAAAUGGGGCUUUUUCUUUUUAGUUUACACUUCUUCCAGUAUGAAUUUGUAUGCCUUGCAUUCGCCGGUCAGUCUGCCCUCGCUAAAGACUGACAUUUGGCUUUUCACCCUAAGGAAUAAUCCACUUGUGCCUUACUGAAAACCCCACUGAACAUGUGAGGAUGGUGACGCAUGAAGGACUGAGAUAUGCUUUGUCUGUCCACUUACGCUCUCAGACUUGUUAUAUAUAAGCACAGUAAAAAAAAAAAAUCCAUAUAUUCAGGAGGGCAUCUUGGAAUAAAAAUAGUAUGAAGAGGAAGCAAAUGGAUAGAGAGGACAUGGAGAUUUUUAUUUAACUCAUUUCAAGAGGAAUCUACAAUAUGCAUGGCAACCGAGUGGAGAAACAAUUUCUUAACAACUGGGAAAAAGUCAGCUUUCUGUCUCCAGUGUGAUUUAGCCAUUGCCUAUCAGUCUUAAUGUGUUGAGAGAGUUACAUUAACCACACAGUGCCAGGCUCACUGAUCAGACCCCAUUCUCCCUUAUACCAAAGUAAUGAUCCAUGAUUCUGACAGAAGAAUCAGAGAGUUCUUCUGUGUGAUCAAAGGACCAGGAGUGCUUUCUGUUAUUUUUAGAAAUUAAACCCACUGUUGUGUUUUUUUCUUCUUCAUGAGACUGAAACAUAAAGCUUGGUGCGUCAACACUGUCUUUUUUCCCAAUAGUACAUACCACAGAAAAGGGGUAGCAGCUGAUAUUUUAACCCGGCAUGUAUAGUACUGUAGCAAUGAAAGCUGCAUCUUUCCCCUUACUGCUGUUUAUGUUGCAGCUCUCUCAUCUCUACCUUCAGAUAUAAAGUCAGCGGAUUAAGAUGAGAUCCUCGCCAAUUUUGAAUGUACACCACCAGAAAGCUCUAUUUGCUGUAUACACUGCAGUGACAAAAUUAUUAAGACUUUAGAGAUCUAUUAGUUUAAUUAAAUAAAUGCCUCCCUGUGGCUGAUUUAGUGUUGAUUAUUGAAAAUAAAAGAUUAUUUAAAAAACGUAGGAAUGUCAUGGCAAAGUUAGUAUCUCACUUUGAUUUUUUAUACAGCAUUAUACAUUUUUAUUUCAAAUUUUAAACAGGCCCUUUUUAAAAAUCAGGAUGGACUGCUUUUGAUGACAUCAUGCAAGGAUAUUUUGGGUUCUUGUGUCUCGCACUUGAAUGGUUUGGAUUGUGUGUCUUAUAGUGUUAUUUCAUGCUUUUAUCCAGCACGAUAUGCUGUAAUGUUCUUAAUACAUUAGAUAGUGCUAUUUACAGUUUGUAGCAUUAAAAUACAGUAUAUUUACAAGAAGAGUAGAAAUGUGAUUUACAAAACAGAGUGCCAUACAGUAUGUGUCAAACCAAGCCUACUCAUCUGCUUUACCAAAUGUAUAUAAUGUAUGGGUUAUCAGGUAGAAAAGAGUGUUGUUUUGUGUAGCAGGAGGAACCAGUUGCACCAGCUCUUUGUAAGUAAAAAAAAAAAAAAAACUUAAACUUAUUAUACUGUAGUCUCACACUGACAGACCACAGUGCUGUGUCAGCACUGGAGUAUGGUCUGGCUACACCGCUUAUCUAUUGUGGGAUCCAGGGAAAAAAACUUUUUGGCUUGUUUGUAUUUCUUUAAGCCAAUCACAAAAUCCUGAGCAGCUCUAAGCCCUGGAUGCAGCGACGGUGCCCUUGCAAAAUAGAUAGCGGAAGCAGAUACAUCAAAUGGAUUUGACUGCAAUUGUACCUCGUACGAUUUCAUGUGACAAAAAAAAAAGGGAUAGAUUGAAUUCAUUGAUUGAUUGAUUGUGAGAGACGCGCUAGAUGCCAGGCUUUACCCCAGCUCUGUACAUCUGGCAACAACAACAGCUAGGUUAGCAUAGCCAGAUGUUUAUCCCCACUCAUUCUAAACCGCAUUAACAUUUUUUUUCAUUAAUUCUGAAACACAUUUCCUCAUGCAUGCAUAUAUAAAUAAAACAAAGUAAUACCUACAUUAACAAAAGAUCGGUAGCUAAGUUUAAUAUCGCUUAUUUAACUGUAAUUUUUGAUUAGAAAGCAUCACUGAUGUUUCUUAGCAACUGAUUUGCACAUUACUACAGUCUUUACUAGCUAAGACUUUACUCCAACUCAAGUGUGAAAUUAGCGAGCAGUUACUAGGAAAUAAGGAAAGACUUUACACACAAGCUAAAUUUACAAAUCUGUUGCAAACCAGUCUACGAUAGUGUUAGUCGGUUCAAGUUUGCUCUCUUUUUCUGUUCUAAAUCUCUGGGUUUUCUUAAAAAGGUUGUCCUAUCCGUGAGCACUCACUGACUGUACUGUAAGGUCACCAGCUACCAUGCGUAAUCAAGUCAAACAGGAGUCACAAAGAGAUUAUGAAGAAAAUAAGAUAAGGAUAAGAGACUCUUUCAAACAUGUUCUAAAAAAUACUAUAAUUUUCUAAAAAGCAAUCACAAAUAUCAAGACAUAUAUGUAUGUUGUACUGACUUUCAAUACACUGAAAUAAAUACUAUGAGUGCAUUAAUGCCUGGGGAAAAGCACUGUUUGCCUUAGUGCAGCUGCUCAAAGAGAAGUCGUCCUGUUGCUUUUUCCCAGUUGGCCCUGUGAUUGGCAGCCACUGAGAGGCGAGCUGUCAGUGCUGAAGAAAGUGAAGGAGUGCUGUGGAUGGAGCGUUAUGUAAUAUGUCAGGCCAUGCUAGGACACAUGUGAGGAUACCUGUGCAUGAUUGUGUUUAGCUCUGUGUGUAUGAAUGAACGUGUGAAUGUGCAUUGACAAAACUCAUUUAAUUUCCACCCACAGCAUUGUGGCAUCCUCUUCUUUUCCCCGGGUAACAGUUUUUAAUUAAAUCUGCGGCUGCAUUAAAAUCCCAGUUCAAGCAUGUUGAAUGUCCAUUGAGAGCUCAGAGAUGAGCCUCAUUAUGAAUGUAAGCACAUUCAUGAUUUAACAUUGUGAUUUAUGUAUGCAAAGUAGAGUUCAAUUAGCUCAGUGGGUAUACAGUGGGUAUACUGUGAAAACAACUACAGGCUUUUCACAGCCAUUGGCCCUCAUUUUAUAAAAAAAACACAAUGCCAUAAAAACAUGAUUAUGUAUAAAUCAUCUUAAUGCUCAUAAUACAUUACAGGGUUAUCUGGUUUCAGAGAAUCAUAAAUGAAAAUGUGCAUCAGUGACAUCAAGCUCCAAUUUUUUAUAAACCGCAACUUUAAUUCUAGAUUUGGUAAACACUCUAAAAUGUAUGCAUGAAAAUAUUUUUAAUAAGACCCUUAUGUCAAGGCAAACAAAAUAAACAGUUUACUUUGUAAUUUUUAAAUUCCCAAUAAACCAAUCUGUAAAAACAUGCACAUUUUCUAAAAAUAAAUAAAACACGAUUUCAACAAGUUUUGCAUGCCACUUCAAAUGCUACUUCCAGUGUUUAUAGAUCAGAUGUGUCUUUAAUAGCAGGCUUUGCUUUUGAUAACUGUAUGACAACCUUGUGUUUCCAGUAUGUUAAUAUGUUAAUGUGGGUAUGUCACCUCACAAACUUUUCAGAAGAUUUAGAAUAAAAUAUUUAUAUGCAAAAAA